AUGCUGUCGAGGCAUGGAGAGCGAUAUCCAACACGCAAUGCCGGGGCUCGCCAUCUGGAUCUGUUAGAUCGUCUACACAGUCCGGAGAUCACAUUGAGUGGUUCCCUGUCUUUCCUGGAUUCCUGGGCAUAUUUUACCAAUCCCAGUGAUCCUGCCUUCGAAAAUCUCACUGCGAGUGGACCAUAUGCUGGAACUGUACAGGCCUACAACACCGGGAAACUGCUUCGGAAGCGAUACGACCACUUGGUCCCAGCGGAUCGGCGCACCAAAUUCUGGUCAUGUGGCUCGGAAAGAGACGUCGAAACGGCGCUACACUUCGCCGAUGGGUUCUUCGGUCCCAAAUGGACUUCAGAACAUUCUGCAGAGCUUGAAGUCAUCCCCGAAACCGAGGAUCGGGCAGGAGACACCCUGACACCUGGAGAUACCUGUUACAGAUACGUGCGAGAUGUUACCAACGGUCACGAUGCUGGAUACACAAAGCUGGGAGAGUGGCAGUCUAGAUUCACCAAACCAAUAGCGGAAAGACUUGAGAAAGAAGCAAGUGGCAUGGAAUUCUCGAUGUUCGACGUCUACAGCAUGAUGGAGAUGUGUGGGUUCGAAUUUCUGGCAAGAGGGGCAAGUCCAUGGUGCGAGGUGUUUUCGCAACAAGAAUGGCUGGACUUUGAAUAUGCUCGGGACGUUUUGCAUUUCUACAGAGCCGGUCCGGGGAACGACUAUGCUGGCGCGAUGGGGUGGCUGUGGUUGAAUGCAACGAGAGGCCUUCUGUUGAAUGAAUCCUCUGAGCAUGCGUAUUUCAGUUUCGUCCACGACGGGGAUAUCGUGCCUGUCCUGGCUACAUUGCAGAUUCUGGACGAACCGCUCAUACAGCAAGAACUGCCAACGGACCAUGUCAAGACUGAUAGGCACUGGAGGACAAGCGACGUGGUCCCAAUGGGCGGACGGUUGGUUCUGGAACGGAUCAUCUGCGAAGCAACCAAAACCAUCAAAACCACCAAGGCGACCAAAGAUCAUUUUGUGCGACUUUUUAUCAAUGACGGGUUGGUGAAACUCCCUGGACUACGGGCGGUCCAAGAUAUACAACAUGCGGUUCGGCUACAUGACUUUCAGGAUUUUAUUGGAUCGCGACGAGAUGUAUUUGGGGACUUUAGGUCAGUCUGCUCACUGAGCGAGGAUGCACCGGAUAGGAUUACAUUUUUACAUCAAUAG